CAUCUUACGCGAUUCCUCUCUCUCUCUCUCUCUCUCUCCCUCCCUCCGCAAUUAUCCUACGAAAAAACACACUGCCGCAAAAAUAAACUGAUACCAAUCCAGACGAAACCCACUAUGGCCUCCAAGCUUCUGGCCACCACUCUCCGCCGCACCUCCCACCUCCGUUCCUUCUCCACCGCGGCCGCCGCCGUGGCACCUCCUCCAUCACCCUACGACGACCCCAGCGGCAUCUCCAUGAAAGGAGUUCGGAUCUCCGGCCGCCCCCUCUACCUGGACAUGCAGGCCACCUCUCCUGUAGACCCUAGGGUUCUGGACACCAUGCUCCCCUACUACCUCUCCCGAUUCGGCAACCCCCACUCCCGCACCCACCUCUACGGCUGGGAAUCCGACGAGGCCGUGGAGCGCGCCCGCUCCCAAGUCGCCUCCCUCAUCAACGCCUCCCCCAAAGAGGUCGUCUUCACCUCCGGCGCCACCGAGUCCAACAACAUCUCCGUCAAGGGCGUCAUGCACUUCUACAAAGACAAGAAGCGCCACGUCAUCACCACCCAAACCGAGCACAAGUGCGUCCUCGACUCUUGCCGACACCUCCAACAAGAGGGCUUCGACGUCACCUACCUUCCAGUCGGUUCCGAUGGAAUCGUCGACCUCGAUCAGCUCCGAUCCGCGAUUCGUCCCGAUACUGGACUCGUUUCGAUCAUGAUGGUGAACAAUGAGAUUGGAGUCAUUCAACCGAUGGAUGAGAUUGGGAAAAUUUGCAGGGAAUUGAAUGUUCCGCUACACACCGAUGCUGCGCAGGCUUUGGGGAAGAUUCCGAUUGAUGUGGAGAAGAUGAAUGUGAGUUUGAUGUCUUUGAGUGGGCACAAAAUCUAUGGCCCCAAGGGUGUUGGGGCUUUGUAUAUGCGGCGGAGGCCGAGGAUUAGGGUUGAGCCCCAAAUGAAUGGGGGAGGGCAAGAGAGAGGGAUUCGGAGCGGGACGGUUCCGACUCCGUUAGUUGUUGGGAUGGGCGCGGCGUGUGAAUUGGCAAUGAAAGAGAUGGAGUAUGAUGAGAAGAGGAUUAAUAAGUUGCAAGAGAGAUUGCUUAAUGGGAUUACGGCUAAGCUUGAUGGUGUGGUGGUAAAUGGAAGUACUGAGAGAAGGUAUGCUGGGAAUUUGAACAUUUCGUUUGCUUAUGUCGAAGGUGAGAGCUUGUUGAUGGGAUUGAAAGAGGUGGCAGUUUCGAGUGGGAGUGCGUGCACGAGUGCCAGCUUGGAGCCCUCGUAUGUCUUGAGGGCAUUGGGGGUGGAUGAGGAUAUGGCGCACACGUCGAUUAGGUUCGGGAUUGGGAGGUUCACCACUGAAGCAGAGAUUGAUCGGGCGGUUGAGCUCACUGUGCAGCAGGUGGUCAAGUUGAGAGAAAUGAGCCCGCUUUAUGAGAUGGUGAAGGAGGGAAUUGAUAUUAAGAACAUCCAAUGGACACAGCACUGAUGGAUUGGAUGUUUGUAAGGUUAAAGGUGGUGACAAUAAUUGAAGAUAAGCACCUGUAGAAGAGCUGCAUAACCAUGUGGAAUGCUUGGCAGUGUAUAGUCCAGGUUCGCUUAAAGUUACCCUUCUAAAUGCUUUUCAGUAUUUGUGAUGGUUGUUCUACCAUCGGAUUUCGCAACUAGAUGGACGAUGUUAAUAUUUUCACUGUUCGGUAGUGUAAUAUAUGUGCAUUCUCCUGCUACAUUUAUGGGAAUGUCAAAUGACACUUUGAAUAGUUGGAUUAUGCUUCUCCUUUGGUCAUCAACAUUCAUUUUGCAUUAUUGAAUUUUUACCUUUCAUUUUGUGACUAA